AUGUCUGAUACACAGGGGCAUCACCACGGGCACACUGGUGGGCACGAGUUUGUCGAGGAAGCUGUUUUUAAGUAUGUUUCUGGGCCCAUAUCAGGAGAGUCCGAUAGCUCGACGGUUGCGGUAAGAAGCGGAAGCGGACCAUCGUCAACGGGCAGCACGGCGGCUACAGGCGGCAGCGGGCGGAGACACAGUGGAAUCGGCGUGGAGGGGCUUCGCGUAAAGGACAAAGACAAGGAGAUGGAUUGGUACCUUAAGCACAAUGACGAGGAAGAGCUUCAUGGACGCGGCGAGGACUCCAGCGCGGCUGCAGCAGCCGUGGCUGCAGCAGCCGUGGCGGCAGCGCUUGGAGAGCGCGGCAAGCGGCGCGGGUCAGACGAGCUGGAGGCGUUGAAGAAGUCGAAGCGGCAGAAGGCGAAGGCGAAAAAGCUGAAGUCCCAGCUAGGCGCGGUUGACCCGGAGUUGGCGUCUUUGGACAGCACGGACAACGACCACCUUGUGCGCAAGGCAAUUAUGGAUGUGGACCAUAUAUCACAACAUCCAGAUAUUCAACAGUAUCUCAACACUGAGGACGAGGAGACUGAGAAGGAUAAGGAUAAAGAUGAUGAGCUUGGGCUUGCGCCAGCGUACGAAGACAGCGAGCAGAAGAUUGCUUUGAAAAAGGCCGAGGUCCUACCGAAGAUUCUCGACCCAGACUCAUCCGACCGGGAUAUCGGUAACUUGAUCCGGGAAGCUGUCAAAAAGGCUGCGCAUAUCAUAAACUUGCAGACGCAGUCUACGGGAAAGUCGUUCGACGAGACCGAAGAAGAGGCCUUAGAACAGUUUGUUCAAGACUACCAGGUUAUCAAAGGUAUGACCCGCCGCCAAAUUUGCGAGCGGAUAUGGAGUAACGAGCGCCGUAAAGACGAUUUUUGGACGAACAUAUGCAGGGUUUUGCCCUACCGUACGCGUUCUUCUAUAUACAAACAUGUGCGUCGUAAGUACCACAUCUUUGAACAACGUGGCAAAUGGACACCCGAAGAGGACGCAGAGUUAGCGCGCUGGUGUAUGGAGAAGGAAGGUCAGUGGUCUAAUAUCGGGAAGGUGUUGGGCCGCAUGCCAGAGGACUGCAGAGAUCGUUGGAGAAAUUAUAUCAAGUGCGGAGCCAGCCGCGCGUCCAAUAAGUGGUCUCCGGAAGAAGAGGAAAAAUUGAAGUCCGUGAUUACUGAGAUCCUUGAGUCAGCUCCAAAAAACCACUUAGAUGGCGUUGAUGAUAAGGAUGAGUAUGAAGGGACCGAUGACAAUCGCUCUAUGGGGCGUGCGGUAUCACCUUCCUCCAAGUCAUUGGCUCACGAACUUGAACUCGUUCGUGGAGAUCGGGUAUCGUUAGGAGAUAGUGCCGGCGAAAAGGAUCAAGGUUCCCCUGGUUUAGGUGUCAAAGCAGGAUCCCCCCGGGAUGUUAUCAACUGGACGAUAGUCAGUGAAAGGAUGGGUGGUCAGCGGUCACGAAUUCAGUGUCGUUACAAAUGGAACAAGCUAUUGAAGAAGGAGGCGAUGAACAAGAUCAAAACGAUAAGCGAUGAGGACAAAACGUGGCUCUUGCUUAAACUAAAGGACUUAGGAUUUACAGAAGACUCGCAAGUAGAUUGGGAAGAACUUGCUGCCCUCAUGCCAGGCCGUAGAUGGACAGGCACUGAGCUGAAACUAUGUUACGAAAAGUUGAGGACCAGCGUGCGCCAAUACAAGAAGAAACCGAUCAGCGAAAUAUGUAGGGAACUCGUUGAUUAUCAUGAUGGCAAGGCUAUUCUUUCCAAGACCUGA